CGUAUGAAUAGAAAUAAGGACAUUCUGUAUUUCAGAACGGAUGAAGAACAUUCACCAGGAUAAAUAAAAUUAUCAUCAUAAAUGGCUGGAUUAAAACACACAAUAAUAUGCAUUACUGUUAUCUGUUGGGGGUCAGUCGUAUCCAUAAAUACCAAUUGGAGAAACGCGAUGGGCACCUGUAUAUUCAAUAAUCAACAGCCUUCAUCAGAGGACAAUGCUACAAAGAAUGGUUCUUGGGUGGGCAAAGUGAAAUAUUCGUUCCCUUGCGGUUACGGGAUUUUGCAGAUACAGACGGUCAACAAAAAUAAUACGUGUUCAGAUUGUGAUGCCCAGGGAAAUCAGUGCGAAUUUUGUAAUCAUCGUAUCCAGCUAAAUGGUAGUGUUGCAAUCUUUGAAGUUCUAAGAAGUUUGAAGUCCGGAAGACAUUAUAUACUUGCUGAGUUUGGAAAACAAUCUUUAAUUGGACUACCUCCACCCACACAGUGUAUGGUACACAGAGGCGCUUCACAUACCGAAUAUGUCUCUUGCAAUGAAGAGUAUGAAGAUGGAUGUAAGAAAUCGGAUGAAAAUGUCGGCAUCUAUAUCACUAUAUGCUUUAGUGAAUGUGGUACUGGUAAAACACAAACAGACAUGGAUUUUGUACAAUGUGACUCUCAAGAAAGUACUGGUGUUGGAAACGGAUAACUAGAAAAUCAAAAAGCAUUUUGGGGGUCGCAACGCUUGUUAUGGAGGUCGGGUCUACGUGACUUUAGGGGCUAGAUAGUACAAGUUAAUUUGUAUGCACUACGUCACACUCGGUACUCCCUGUGAUCGACCCUUUCACUACACUUUUUCCAACCGAAGCAGCAACGUGGUUCUUGUAUUUGAGGCGGAAACCAAGCAUGUGGCCGAGUUUUUUCUCCCUUUUUUGGAUUUAUUCCCUACACAUAGCUUCUUGACAAUUUUACCUGCAUUAGGAAUGCCACCUAAAAAACGAACAGAGACCCCCGGCCAGGGGGGUCGGGAUGAAACGUAAUCGUCGGACAACAGCUCAACUCCAGGAACGAAUUCCAAAUCACACGGCCACCUCUUGGACGGAUCGACUAGCCCCUGCAGAGGGGCAGCCACAGCCCCCUGAGGAGAUCCUCGAUUCCCAAUGGAUAAUACACAGGAUAACCCGGUUAUAAAAGAAAUUAUUCAUUGAGCCAAUGACUGAGAGGAAAAGAGGAGACAGAGGGGUAGUGUAGACUGUGUGUCAUCUCGCCAUAGGGACACAACUAUUAUACAAACACUAUGACCACAGAAACCAUGCAGACGGCCCUGUGACCCUUCAUAUGUACAUCAAAAGUAUACACAGCACCCUGAUCUCUUGGCUAGCAGUUGAGGAGCAUGAAUAUUGAUGUGGUGUGUGUCCACGUAUACUCUCAAUACAUCAGCCAGCAGGAGAGUUGACAACAGUAUCAAGGACAGAUGCCAAAUCUAGGGCAAUCAACACAUCAUGUAGUACCGCAAAACAGGAUAAAGAAACGAACUACAUGUAUUUUCAUUUCAUGUUAACAAAAAUAAAUUUGUGAUAUUGUUAA